AUGGCAGAUCCACGUCCGUCGACGGAUGAAGAGUCCGCACCUUUGCUCAACCACGAUAAUCAUGUUUCCUUCCUCGAUUCCAUUUAUCGUCCCUCAAGACCAAUAUCCAAACUUGAGAAACUCCUCGGUCUAAUCAGUAUCAUCCUAUUGAUUCUCACUUCGACAUUUAUCGGUUUAUUCGCAGGAUCACAAUCAGCUUUGAAUAGGUCAAAAGGUGUCACGACUAUCACCGUUCCACAAGGAACUAUCACUACGACCAAAAACCCCAUCACUACUACAGUUUCAACUAAUCCUACUUCUUCUGUACCUAUUCCGACUGGGAAACCUGAUCGGAAUGUUUGUAUCACUCCACAAUGUGUAUUGUUGAGUGCGGGUAUUUUACAAAGUAUGAAUACUACCCAAGAUCCUUGUGAGGAUUUCUAUGAAUAUGCUACCGGCGGAUGGUCAUCUUCUCAUAGCAUUCCUCCGGAUAGAGCAUCGUACGGAUCAUUCAACGCAGUCGCAGAUGACAGUAAGGUGGUAUUGCUGAAAGUCAUCAAUGCCAUUCCUGACGAACUACCUAAAGAUGCUGGUCCAGAGGAAAGAAAUCUUCACAAAGUGAAGGCUGCCUUCUCCAGUUGUAUGGACACGGACACGCUCAAUGACAUCGGCAUCAAACCUUUAUCAAACCUACUCGAGGAACUUCUGGAUAUCUUUGGACCUCUUGACGUCAACGUAUCAGUCGAUACCGAUGCUUUGACUUCAUCUUCCGAUUGGUCAGAAGACUGGAACGAAAACUACACACUACCUCCAGAUUUACUCGUAGCUGCGGAAAAGAUGAACUUUUAUCGUGACGCCAGGAAGACCGGUCCCAUCACUUGGUCAAAACGUCCGAUGCCACUCGCUGUUAGUCUAAAUGAUGAGGAUAAUUUCUCGUUCGAUCCUGAACGACGCGAUCGUAUCACCAGCGCACUCGCCUUCCUUCACUCGCAUGGGGUUGAAGCUCUACUCAAUUUCAACAUAGAAGGAGAUGUCGGGGGUGCUGAUCCUCAAGUGCAGAGCUUGUGGUUGUACCAAGCCUUCGGUGGACUACCAGCCAAAGAAUACUACGAAGAAAAGCCCAUCUUCGAUCUGUAUGUCGAUGUACUAAGCAAACUCCUUAUUCAUGUCACCGCAACGUCGACCAUCGAAAACUCAGACUUCGAACAACGCGAUUUACUCGAUGACAUCCUCACUGAGGUUGACGAGUUCGUGGGACUCGCCGAUGAAGAAGAAUCGCAGUGGCCUUGGCCAUGGCCUGACAAGGAUGGCGAGACUUCCCCUCCUCGCAAGCCCACACCUCCCAAGCAUGGGGACUCACGGGAAGAACGUUUCAGGAGGCUGGCUUUCAAGGUCGCACAAUUUGAACGAGAGUUGGUCCGAGCUGGCGCCGAUCUAGAAUACCUUUUCAACCCUCAUUUCGCCUACAAUCCUUACGAAACGAGAAAGGUUGAGAAGGCUUUACCUUUCUUUGAUCUCCCUACCUACCUCGCUUCCAUGUCCCCCCGCACAUUCCCAGAAAAUAUCACAGUAACCCAUCCUCCUUAUCUUCAGGCGGUGACCAAGCUGGUACAUGAGACUCCGGACUAUGUCCUCGGUGGCUACUUCGCGAUGAAGCUAGGCAUGACUUAUGCUGGGGCAUUGGGGCCAAACGUAGAGGUGCGAAAGGAAAAGACGAGGUUGAACGAGGUUUUGAGAGGUAUCAAGAAGGGAACUCCGGAAAACAGGGAAGAUGUGUGUCUGGCCAGUGUGGACGACAUUGUGGGUUUCAUUGUAGGUAGAGAAUUCGUCAAGGAAACCUUUUCCCCAGAGGCGAAGGCCGAUGCUGAGGAUAUCAUCAAUUCAAUUAUCCACGCGUUCCAUGACAAGUUACCCGAUGUCAAGUGGAUGGAUGCCGAGUCGGCAAAAGCUGCUCAACUCAAAGCUGAAGCUAUCAUUCCCAAAGUUGGCUACCCCUCGUUUCCCAAUACCACCGACCCUGCGUCGUUGGAGCGUUGGUACGGGAGGACGAUUGUUGAAAAGGGAGACUUUUUCGGUGCUGUGAUCAGUUCGACGUUGGUAGAGGGGAGCAGGACUUGGUUGACUCUUGGUAGACAAAGAGAUAGGGGUGGUUGGGAUAUGUACCCACAGACUGUCAACGCUUAUUUCUCUCCGAGUGAUAAUGAGAUUGUUUUCCCUGCUGCUAUUCUCAAUCCACCUUUUUAUUCGCACGCAUGGCCUGAUCACUUGAAAUAUGGCGCUUUUGGUUCUGUUGCGGCUCAUGAGUUGACACAUGCUUUUGAUAAUUCCGGUAGUCAAUAUGAUGAACAUGGUCGUUUAAGAGAGUGGUGGUCAAACGCUACAGUGGAAGCUUUCGAAGAACGCGCACAAUGCGUUUCGAAACAAUACAGUCAUUAUUGGGUUCUUGAUCAAUCCGGUAAUAAAGUUUAUGUGAAUGGUAAUUUGACAAAUGGUGAAGAUAUAGCCGAUUCAGGUCUUGCACAAGCUUAUACGGCUUGGCAAAAUAAGAUCAAGGAAUCAGGAGAAUCAAUAGCUCUUCCGGGUCUUGAACAAUUCUCAGACGAACAAUUAUUCUUUAUAGCAUUUGCGAGGAUCUGGGCUCAACUUAUAAGACCUCAAGCUGCCGUACAGAGAAUAAGAACCGAUCCUCAUUCUCCUAAUCAAUGGAGAACCAUUGGGACUUUGCGUAACAAUGGAGAGUUUGCUAAAGCUUGGAAUUGUAAAGUAGGUUCGGGUAUGCGACCGAAGAAAGAAGAUCGAUGUGAGCUUUGGUAG